CAACAUGAACAGCUACGACACGCUCGGAGGCAACGGAAGCGGUCCAUCUGGUACCGCAGCCGUAUGUCACUGGCUGAAGCACAUGAAGCUGUACCGAGUGGUGCUAGUCGUGGUGGUUUGUUCCCUAACUUUACCAUUCGUGCUCUACAAUCUACUCGUGCACGAGGAAUCAAGCGUCCAGCACAACGACAUCCAUCGGACACGAUCGCAGCUUUUCACGUUCGAGGACGUGAGUCCAAUGAAGGCAGCCGAUCUGAAGCUACGCAUUGACGAAAUGCUGCGCAUGAAGGGUACGGUGUCGCUAGAACUGCGUGAUCUUGAAUCCCGCCGCCAGAAGCUACAGUCGGACAUCGGGCUGUACAAUCAGAAGAUUGACGAACUCAAGCAGGAACUUGCCCGCCAGCAGACGGAGCUGGAUCGGUUGAAGAUUUCUGUCGAACAGGCGCAGGUAGCGCAACGUGAAGCGGUCCUACGCAACACACCGGAACUGGCACUUCCGAGAGCUCUCUUUUCUGACACACUGCCAACCGAGAUGCGACCGCUCGGUGCCGAACAGAGUCGGGCGUGUAAAAUGAGCACCUGUUUUGAUCACUCACGCUGCAGUCUGACGUCCGGGUUUCCGGUGUAUCUGUACGAUCCGGACACGACAUCGGUUGUGAGCGAGGGAUUCGAUAUUGAUGGAUUUCUAAAGACCACCAUCAAACAAACGCUCGGGUACAAUGCUCACCUUACAACGGAUCCGAAGAAAGCGUGCGUAUUCCUCGUACUUGUCGGGGAAGCACUUUCCGAGCACGAAGUACUGAAGAACAAUCGCUACAACACGGCCCAGGGUGGAUCGGACAGGACGUUAGCUGAGUCUACUAGCACUACGCAACAAUCGAGUCUCAAUGUUACCCGGCUUCGGCUGCUACCGUACUGGGGCGGUGAUGGUCGGAAUCAUGUGCUGUUGAAUUUUGCUCGCCGAGAGAUAGGCCCAGGGACGGGUAAUAUGCUACAGGGACGCACAAUGGACACGGGUCGCGCCAUGUUGGUGCAAUCGAGCUUCGAGGAAAGUCAAUUUCGCGUCGGAUUUGAUCUGAUUGCACCACCGAUCCUAGGACCGCCCGGUGGAGACGUUUGGCAGGAGUGUGCCCCAAUGCUACCGGCCCGGCGGAAGUAUCUGUUAAGCUUUCAGGGUGAACUGCACGGUCAAAAUGGAUCGUUGGGUGUGGCCGGACCGCACGGCACAGACGACACGGAAAGCGACACGGUGGAUGAGUUCAUUAUCGAGCAUCUGAAGGAAAUGUCCUCGGGUAGGACGCAGGAUUACUUCAUGCUACAGUUUGAGUGUGUACCGGCAACGGAGCAGCGCAGUCCGUCGGGUUUGCGCGAUUGGUCACUCUGCGGGACGGAUAACUCGCGGAAGUCCGUACUGAAGGAAUCAACCUUUGCGCUCCUGCUAGCGCCCGGGGGAGGAAGUACGAGCUCCACGUUGCUGCAGGCACGCCUGUACGAAGCACUACGAGCGGGAGCGAUUCCACUGGUACUAGGAGGUGACCAGGUACAGCUACCGUACGCAGAAACGAUCGACUGGAGGCGUGUGGUGAUUUCGUUGCCGAAAGCUCGCAUCACCGAGUUACACUUUCUGCUUCGUGCUAUUCCGGAUGCCGAUUUGCUGAUGAUGCGUCGCCAGGGUCGGUUGGUGUGGGAACGCUACCUGAGCUCGGUACAAUCGACCGUCGAUACGAUCGUAGCAAGUCUGCGCAAUCGACUCGGAAUUCCACCCAAACCCGUACCCUCGGUCGUAGCGCACAGUGUGUUCAAUGCAUCCUUUGUCCCGCUAAAAUCCGACCCCGUCAUUGACACCGAACCGGAGGAAUCGCUCGGACCUAUUGAGCCACCGUACCCAAGUCCAGCGUUCCGGCGUAACUACACGGCAACGCUUGUACAGUCACGCGAAAUGUGGAACGAUUGGGCCGAUCCGUUUUCGCUCUAUCCGCAACUGCCGUUCGAUCCCGUCCUACCGUCGGAUGCGAAAUUUAUCGGCUCGCACAUGGGCUUCCGUCCGAUCGGGAAGGGUGCGGGUGGUACGGGUAAAGAAUUUGGGGAAUCGCUCGGUGGCAACUAUCCGCGGGAACAGUUCACAAUCGUCAUGCUGACGUACGAGCGGGAACAGGUGCUGAUGGACUCGCUGAGCCGUCUGUACGGACUGCCAUACCUGCACAAGGUGAUUGUCGUCUGGAACUCACCGAAACCUCCGCUAGAAGAUCUCCGCUGGCCAGACAUAGGUGUGCCGGUGCACGUCGUUCGUGCACCGCGCAAUUCACUCAACAAUCGCUUCCUACCGUUCGAUGCGAUCGAAACGGAAGCGGUACUAUCGGUCGAUGACGAUGCACACCUACGGCAUGACGAGAUUUUGUUCGGUUUUCGUGUUUGGCGUGAGCAUCGGGACCGUGUGGUUGGGUUCCCGGGUCGAUUUCACGCGUGGGACGUGAAUACGCUCGAUUCGUGGAAUUACAAUUCAAACUACAGCUGCGAGCUGAGCAUGGUGCUGACCGGAGCCGCCUUCAUACACAAGUACUACACGUACCUGUACACGUACACGCUGCCCCAAGCGAUCCGGGACAAGGUGGACGAGUACAUGAACUGUGAGGAUAUUGCGAUGAAUUUUCUCGUAUCGCACGUAACACGCAAACCACCGGUAAAGGUAACAUCGCGCUGGACCUUCCGGUGUCCGGUGUGUCCGGUGUCGCUCAGUGAGGACGAUACCCAUUUCCAAGAGCGACAUAAGUGCAUCAAUUUCUUUACCAAGGUGUUCGGCUACACACCCCUACUCAACACCCAGUACCGAGCUGAUUCGAUCCUGUUCAAAACGCGAAUACCACACGACAAACAGAAAUGCUUUAAAUUUAUCUAAAUCUUGUUGCAAU